AUGAGCACCUACGAGAUUACUGUCAUCGUGUUCGAGUGGCUAACGCUUUCUACGACGCUUAUGCUACGACUUUCGUUGAUUCCAGACUUCCGGCGGAUGCACAAGUGCCACAGUACGGGUGAGAUGUCAGUCAUGCCGUGUUUAUUGCUUUUCACAAAUUGCUACGUUGGCUUUUUCUACGCUAUUGCUGUCAACAACAUGAUGCCGCUUUUAGCGCAAGCGAUUGUGGGAAUCGUCGCGGGAGUAUUCUUCAACUACUUCUUUUAUCGCUUGGCUGAGGACAAGCUCGCUGUUGUAAAAGCAUUUGCUGGAUCUUUCGCUGUGUGUCUUAUCGUGACAGUUUACAGUAUUCUCGCAUUGGCCGGACACACGGGCCAAUCUCGAGAAUCAAUCAGUACGACGUUAGGUUUCAUGACCAUUGGAACGAGUGUCGGAUUGUAUGUAUCGCCAAUGGCAACCAUCGCGACGGUACUUCAAACGAAGACUGCGUCAUCCAUGCCGUUUACAAUGGGAGUCGCGAAUGUCUUUAACAGCUUUAAUUGGGCGACGUACGCUGCUCUGGUCGACAACAAGUUCAUUUUGGGCCCAAACAUCGCGGGAUUUAUACUAGGUUGUAUCCAGUUGAUCCUCACGUUUGUCUACAGACCCCAAUCUAGUGAUUUAGCUGACGAAGCUAAACCUGAUGGAACUCUCUCGGUUGUAGUUAUUUCUCCUCAUAACGAAAAGGUGGUUCCUUCGGCUAAUGCGAAGAGUCCAAGCUUUGUAGCAGUAACCACUCCAUAUCACGAGGAUCCAUUUACAGCCAGAGGACACAGUGGGAAAGCCUAA